CUCCUCACGGUCAUACAAAGGAGAACCCUAACGCCUGAAAUAUACUCCACCAACAAUGGAAAUCGGCCGUCGAUUUGUUGCUUUCAUCUCUCUCCUCCUCAUCUGGAGCUCAAUAACAGUACAAACGGAAGCCGAAGUACUAACCCUAACCCCUGAAACAUUCUCCGACAAGAUAAAGGAGAAAGACACUGCGUGGUUUGUGAAAUUUUGUGUUCCCUGGUGCAAGCAUUGUAAGAACUUGGGAACACUGUGGGAGGACCUGGGAAAGGUAAUGGAAGGAGAAGAUGAAAUAGAGAUAGGUGAAGUUGAUUGUGGUUUAAGCAAACCUGUAUGCAACAAAGUUGACAUUCAUUCAUAUCCUACAUUUAAGAUCUUUUACGAUGGAGAAGAAGUUGCUAAAUAUCAAGGGCCAAGAGAUGUUGAAUCACUUAGAACUUUUGUUUUGGAAGAGGCGGAGAAGGCUGCAGCUAAAGCCGAGCUUGACGGUGACAAAGAUUUGUGAUCAAAAUAUAAGGUAGGCGGCUUUAUCUCUCAGUGCCAUCUAAUUGUAUCAUGAAUGAGAGACAUGGAAUCUCAUGUAACAGUGACUAAUGAUGGAAAGAAGAAUUAUGUUAAGCAAGAGAGCUGCCUUUAAGAAACCCCAUUUCAUUGUAAAAGGAAAACAGCUUCUCAGUUUGUGAUUCCUAAUUGUAGGUGUGAAAGAAAUUAAGGCUUGAAGUCUCCUGUGAGAUAAAUUAGUAGGAGGGAGAAAACCAUGGAAACUUAUUGUAUCGAUAAUUGUGAUAGGAAUUGUUGUUAUUUCCCAACUUCAAUAUGUAUGUUCAUUGAAACUGAAAGCAUACAUUCUAAUGCAAUGCAGAUAUGGAAGCAGGUUACCUAUCCGGGUUUCAUCCUAGAAGGUCUAUGUUCUUGCAAACACUGACAACUUGCUCAUGGUCUUCUGAUUUCAUACCCGAUUAUAUCAUAAAUCUGCGGUUUUGCCUGUUAUCCCUACAGAUGUCAGCUUACAGUCUUAACAGAGAGCUAGUUUUGGCCAAAUGACUUAUUUAUUAACAUAUUUCUUGUUGAAUUUAACAGUGUUUAACAUUUUUGAGUCAUUACAGAUGACUGUUGAUUUAGCAUAAACUUAAGACUUGUCAUUAGAUGAUUUGAAAAUGUUUUCAUAGAUUAUUUGAAUUUUUUUUUUUUUCUUUAGGGAAACUAUAACCAUUUACAGGGGAGGCCCAUCUAAAUGUGGGACCUUCUCAAAAUUAAUUGCUAAUUUGUUG